AUGCGGGGGUUCAACAAGGCGGGAAUGCACGAGCUCGCAGUCAACGUUUUGCUGAUGAGCGGGGAGGGGAAUCGGGUUGCUGGGACGUGUUUCCUGUUACAUUUGGGUUUGCUCAACUUCCAUUCCAUUUCUGCUGACCGACAAUACGCCUUGUUGAUUGCCAAGAGGCUGUGUCCGCAUUGGGACCAGGGUUUGCUCAACUUCCAUUCCAUGUCUGCUGACCGACAAUACGCCUUGUUGAUUGCCAAGAGGCUGUGUCCGCAUUGGGACCAGGUCCUUCAUAAAGCACUGAAUCGUUUCCACAACAAUAUUACGUCCACAUCUAGGCGGCGGUUGAGAUUGUCCAGAAGGCAUCAGGGACUAAUGGGGCCGGAUGACAGCGACGCCUGGUUUUGUUGCGGGGUGUGGAGUCCGCGGGGCCACGGACUCGCCGUCGUGCACAACGAAAACUCUCUGCUUUAUUUCCCGACGCCGGGAGACGGCGACGGCGACCACGUUCUUCUUUCGCCGCAUCCGCCGUCGGGAUCCGUCCGCAACGGGAAUCCCGACUACUUGUACACUGCGCGGAUUUACGGCGACAGGCCGGCGAUUUGGGUGAACAGCAACGGCUCGCAUGUGAUAUACGUGAGGCAGAACAACUCCGGCGUGGACGAAAUGAGCCUUCCUAUAUUCGGAAAGCCUGUCGUCUACGCUGCAGCAGGCAACGAAUCCGAGGCUACGUCAGGAGGUCCUACUGUCGACCAGUUGACAAAUGCAUCUAGUGUCGACACUGCUGACGAUGUCAGGGUCGACGACGACGACGAGAAGGAGGAGAGAAGGGCUCGUGUUGCCAGACCCGAGAUUGCUCACCUACCGAAAUGGAAGUCCUUCCAUUAUCCAAUGGUUGGAAGACGAUGUCCCAAGAUCUCCGUUCAUGCAGUUUCUCUGUUGGAUGGAUCAACAGUUUCGUGGGAGCCUGUGGAUGAACGAUGCACUUACGUGCUGGAAAUAAAGUGGAUAAACGAUACCCACGCAGUCGUAAUUUGGACGGACAGAAAACAAAGUCUUUACGUGUCUUGCCUGCACGAUAUCAGCCAUUCGCGAUGCAAAGAGGUGUAUCGUCAAGAGCUGUCGGAAGACUCGGCGAGCUGGAUUCCGCAUUCCAUGCGAGACGGCUCGAGCUUGUUCUUCUCUGAAGAUUUCGACCAAAUGCUCAUCCUCGCUCAGCUGCUCGACGGCACCAAGGGUUAUUUCACGCAUGUCGUAAUUGUGGACUUGGCGACGACGCGAGUCACGCCUGUCACGCAUGGACCGUUUGACGUGCACCGGAUCGCGUCUUGGGAUGCUGGCACUGAUCUUUUAUAUUACAUAGCCAGUCCGGAAGGACGUCCGGCGGAGCGUCAUCUAUACGUGACCAAAUACACGCCGAGAACAUUUGUGGAUCCCCACUGCCUCACUUGUCCACCGACGACACCGGACGUGCAACACAGCUUCCCUGCCAUCGCGGAAAACGGACUCUGCUUGUAUGCUGACGUCCAGUUCAGUCAUUCCUCCUCGUACUUCGUACUCGACUGUUACGGACCGGGGAUCCCAACAGCUGAAAUAUUUGCUAUUGACAAGCCAACCGGCGGCGGAGUCUCAAGCGUAACAGGGCGCAGAGUGGCAGCCUGGGAAUUGAACAACGGGUUGCGUGAGCGCGUAGCGAAGAUCGAGCUCCCGGAAAUUCGGCGCUUCGAUAUUCCCGUGGAUAAUGGGUUCAUGGCACACGUCGAACUUCUGCUUCCGCUGUACGCUAACACGGAGGAAGCCGACAUCUUCCAGUAUCCACUCGUCGUCGCCAUGCCGCAGGAACCCGGUGAACAACAAGUGACGGAAGAGUGGGACGAAAUCGACUGGCUGUUCCGACUUUCAGUGGUAAAGAGGUGGAUCGUGAUGCGAGUCGAUCUGCGGGGUUCAGGGGGCGAAGGUCGAGCCCGAGAAGCUGAAGUGAGUCGGAACAUUGGCCGAGCAGAGACCAAAGACUUGCAAACCGUGAUACGAACCCUACUGGCCAAAUUUUCCUUCCUCAACCCGGAAAAGAUUUGUCUAUGCGGUUGGGGCAUUAGUGGGUUCUACGUAGUGAGAGCGCUGGCAGAGGAUGGGGUGGAAUAUUUUAAUUGUGGUAUCGCUGUGGCACCUGUCGCCAACUGGAUGAAUGCAGAUGCUUACAUUGGCGAGAGAAUAAUGGGCUUCCCUAACCUGACGGAGAACAUCGUCGGGUACAUAGAAAACGACGUGCGCAAAAUGAGUCCUCACAUACAAGGCAAAGAUUUGCUGGUAAUUCACGGGACGGCAGACUCCACGGUGCUCUUGCACAACUCCAUGUCACUUUUCCGAGCUCUCAUUCAGAAGAACGUGAUCUUCCACGAAAUGAUUUACCCGGAUGAGGGACACAAUUUGGAUGGUGUCACGACUCAUAUGCAUGCUGCGAUGGAAACUUUCAUGCAGAAUGCAUUCGGAGUAGCAUUGGACGAUGAAGACCAAGUCACAAAUUUUCUUGCUGCCGCAGGUUUUGCGUGAUGAAAGCUGUGUUUAGUGUGCCAGUGAUUUUUUGGGAGGACAGUGCGACAGCAAAUUUGACGAAAUCGUAAAGGGAUACGAGGCAUUCUCGUCAUUAUCAAUGUAAGUUUUGAAAAUCCGUCUAUUACUUUGGUUUCCGAAUCCAGAAUAGCUCGAAACGUUAAGACAGCGUUCAAAAAUAAAAUCAGAUCAACUACCUGAGUCGGCGAGAGUAUAGGUAGUAUAAUCAACUUCACUUUAAAGAUAUAAAGUUCGAUUUCUUUAAAAGCAAAGCCGAUGAACAUAUUUUGCAGACUCGUUAAAUAUUCCAAUUUAAAAAUCACUUGCAAUUUUAAAUUUUUUUUCGCCAUCAGUUUCUUCAAAAAGGUGAAAAUUCAAUAUUUCUCAUUUUCUUCCAAUCAUUCGAUAAACUGAGUUGAAUUUUUUUAUGUUCGGCAAAAUGAAAAAUGUUGGGGAAAUUUUCCCAAAAUGAAACGUUUUCUGUCUCAGACAGUCGAAUUGUUGGAAAAAUUGCGUCGUGUCGUAGUACCGCUGUCAACGGCACAAUGUUAUUCCAAACUAUUUUUGUACGGUUGAAGGUCUAUGAAUGCGAGAAGGCAGUCCUUUUGGAUGUGAUAUUGAUGAAAUAAAGUGUUUUCUUCAUAUGUAGCUAUCA